ACCAGAGAACAUAACAUAACAUAAUACACGUUCACUGACUAAACAAAUGAAAUUGUUGUUGAUGCACGUCAUCUUUGAGAGAAUAAUAUAUUGGUAUUACAACGUUUAUUAAGAAAUAAGAAAUCAAAAUGAGUGCGUUAUUCAACUUUCAAAGUUUGCUAUCAGUGAUUUUACUUCUCAUUUGCACUUGUGCAUAUUUGCGAUCUCUAUUUCCUAGCAUUAUGGACCGGAAUAAGACGGGUUUGCUUGGUGUUUUUUGGAAGUUGGCAAGAAUAGGAGAACGAAAGUCGCCUUAUGUUGCGGUGGCAUGCGUGGUUAUGGCAAUCUCCAUAUUGUUUUGGACGUGAUACUAGCAAUAUAAUUAUUUUCGUUUAACAGUUGAGUCGAGAUAUGUUAGCAAUAAAAAUAAUUUUUUGUAA